UCGGGCGGCGGGCGGGAGGGGAAGCGGGACGCCGGGGACUGGAGGCGAGAGGCGGGUCUGUCGGGGCGGGGCCAGGGAGGCGGAGAAAGUCGCGGCGGACCAGAGUCCGGUCGCGUGUUCCCAGCCCCCGGAAGUGGCCGUUGUAAACUUCACCUUGUAGUCUUUCUCCAUCCUGGCCCUAGAGUCCAUCGGCUUUCCUCAGUUGUCACUCUUUCUCCCGAGGGUUGCCUGGCCUCCCACCCCGAGACCUGAAGCUGCGUGGGGGUCGUGGGGGUGCAGGCUGGACCACGCGAGUCCGAGACUUUAGCCCAUCUAACCCGGAAGCCACAGACAUCACCAUAAGGAAGUAUAUUUUUAAGAAGCAGUGAGGUGUUUUGAAAAGGGUUGAAGACUUACCAUGAGUUUAAGCACGUCAAGUAAUGCCACUGCUGGGGACACCCAAAGGGUGAAAAGUGCCUCAUUGGAUGUAAAACAAAUGCUUAAAAAUGAAACAGAGUCAGAUAUCACUGCUGAUCUCAGAAAGAAGCUCCACCGGGCUAAGAAGGAGAAGUUAGAGAUGACAACAAAGCACAACGCAGAGCUGUCCAGCCAUGAGAGCCAGAUUGCCAGGCUGCGGUCUGAGGUGGAAAAAGGAGAAGCGCUGCGGCAGCGUCUAGAAUACGACCUGGCUGUCGUUAGGAAGGAGGCUGGUCUGGGAAGACGGGCGGCGGAGGAGAGACUGGCGGAGGCUCAGCGGAUUCAAGAAAAGCUCUGCGCUCAGAAUUCAGAACUUCAAGGAAAGGCAAAUGAGAUUGAGAAAACACUUCAGACUUCCCAAGAGAAAUGGAAAGAAGAAUGCAGGAGAUUUGAGCAUGAUUUGGAGGAACGAGACAACAUAAUUCAAAAUUGCAACCACGAAUAUGAGUUACUUAUGCAGGAAAAAAACAGACUACAAAAAACUCUACAGGAGGCCCUGGAAAAGCAUCAGCAAGAGAAGGAUGAGAUGGAGGCUCAUGUCAAGGAGACCGCAUUGGACGACUUUAGAUUACAGGCAGAACAAUGGGAAGCAGAACGGAGAGAGUUACAGCUGAUAGUACAGAACCAUGAGCUGCCUGUAGAUGCUGUAGAAGGUGGGGCUGCAUGAGGGCUUCCUCCCAGCAUCCAUUAACUGCCUACAAAUCCUCUGGGAUGAAUGUGGCCUCAAGAACUCCUUCCCCUCUCCAUGACAGCGUGUUGACAGGUGGAAUCUUAUACAAGUAGGUGCUGAGAGCUGAGAAUAAAUAAGGCCGUGGCUUGCCUGGAAGACAGCUCCGUAGCACUCUGGAAUCCACUGCUUCUUCCGUCCGCUCCCUCUCAUGGCCCAGACCACGGAGCGACUGAUACAGAUGCCCCACUUAGGGCUAAGCCAUUACAGUCGAUGCUCUUUUUCUCUUGAAGUAUUUACUAUGUGUAUGAAUAUUUUCGCUUGUUUGUAUUGUAUGUGUACUGUGUGUCUAGUGACUAUGGACUGUAGAUCUGGAAUCUGGAUCUGGUACUGGAUCUCCUGGAACUGAGAGUUGUAAGCCCCUGUGGGGAUGGUAGGAAGUGAAUCUGGGUUCUCUGGAAGAGCAGCCAGUGCUCUUAAUCAGGGCCAUUUCUUUAGCUCCUAUAGUCAGUUAUUCUCAACACUUAACAGUAGUUAUCAUAAUCUGUAGUAACUGUUAACCACUGCAAAAAGAUGCUUUUCUGCCUAAAGCUCUUAGCACCAUUAAUCUGUGGGCAUAAACGUAAAUAUUUAGUUUUUCAUUUUAUUUUGUUUUGAGACCAGGUCUUGCUAUGUAGCUCUGGCUAUCUUGGAACUCACUGUUUAGACCAGGCCUGCCUCUGCCUCCUAAGUGCUGGGAUUAAAGGUGUGAGUUACUACUACACUCAGCUAUACACAUAAAUACUUAGAAGGCAACAUUUUUAAUUACUAAAACUUCAUUGUAAAGAAGUUGCAAAUGAGAAAACAAUCCCUCAUUGAGAUUAGCCAGACCCAAAGCUUGUACACCUCAAUGAACUUAAUAUACAGUUAGAAUAGCCAUUCUGAAGCUGUACAAACGCUCAUAUUAGGUUCACUGUCAAUUAUGUUUUUACACACACAUACACACACACACACACACACACACACAAUGCCUUGAAAAAUCGAUGACAGAGUUAAACUAGAAGAUAAUUAGCUUUGUAUUCUCUUUCCCGACUUCAGGUGUCCUUGGUUAUUUGACAGGCACAUCACAUGCGCGUUUAGUCAUAUAACAGCGCUCGCUGUCUUCCACAGUAGUGCCUGUGUCCUUUCUAGCUUUUGUCUUUUUUUUUUUUUUGGUUCUUUUUUUCGGAGCUGGGGACCGAACCCAGGGCCUUGCGCUUCCUAGGUAAGUGCUCUACCACUGAGCUAAAUCCCCAGCCCCUAGCUUUUAUCUUUUAACAAUUCUUCAAUACCAGAUGUGAAUUCUUUCCCGUAGAACAGGCCUCAAAUCCAAUCAGAGAGUGGUUGGUAGCCCUCAUCAAAGGUCAUGCCGUCAUUGCACCAAUGGCCAUGUUUUGCCUGGCAACUUGGUUGUAUAGUAUGCAAGGUCCAGGUGCUGUGUACAAUGGCCAGCAGGGAGGAAGCUCCAGCUCGAAUUCUCUGUAACCUGCAAAGUAUGUGGCUUCUUCAGCAAUAGUUGUCCUAUCAUGCUGUCUUAGGGUUUUUAUUGCUGUGAUGAAAUGCCAUGACCAGAAAGCAAGCUAGGGAGGAAAGGCUUUAUUUGCCUUACAUACUACAUUAGUCCAUCACUGAAGGAAACCAGGACAGGAACUGAAACAGGGCAGGAACCUGGAGGCAGGACCUGGUGCAGAGGCCAUGGAGAGUUGCCGCCUACUGGCUUGCUCUCAAUGGCUUGAGAGCCUGCUUUUUUAUAGAACCCAGAACUAUGAGCCCAGGGAUGGCAUCUUCCAUAAUGGGCUGGGCCCUCCCAUAUCAAUCACUAAUUAGGAAAAUGCCUUAUAGGCUUGCGUGCAGCCAGUGUAAGGAGGCAUUUUCUCAGUCGAGGCUCCCCUCUUUCUGAUGACAAUAGCUGGUGUCAGGUUGACAGAAAACUAUCCAGCACACGUGUAGCUCUGGUGGGCAACCAGGAGUAGGAGAGCCAGUAUUAUUUUGGGAACUUGAGAAGCCUCUCUGACCAACAGCUCAUAGGGAGGAAGCCAACCCCUGGGUCUACAACACUCAUUUAAUAAUGGUAUGGCUUUGGGAAUGGUACCUUCAGUUCACACCCCCUCCACUUAAAGACUUCUGCAAUUAGUCUACAAAGUAACAGGUUCUUUUAUACCUUUUCAUCCGAGUGUAGCUUUGGCUGACUCUCCCCUCCCCCAGUGUCCUGCAGCAUUGCUUCCCACCCUGCCUCUCCUUCCCACCUUCACCUCACAUGAGUUCUGCUAACCCUCCCCCUUAGUCAGAAGCUAAAAUCUGCAUGUGAGAGAACAUCGCUGUUUGUCUUUCUAAGCACAGGUUACCUGAGUUAAUAUAGCAUUCAAUCCCAUCCUUUUUCCUACAGGUUUUAUCAUCUCCUCUUUCCUAGCUGCCAAGUAUAAUUUGACUGUGUAUAUGUGCCACAUUCUCAUUAUCCAAUCAUUGGCCAAUGGAUGGCUAUGCUGUUCUGUGUCCUUGCUGUCGUGAAUAGAGUCGCAGUAAAUAUGGCUGUGCAAGUAUCUCUGUGGUAGGAGAAGACUCCUUUGAGUGUUUGCUCGGGAGUGGUAUAGGUGAGCAUAUGGUAACUUAUUUUUAGUUUUUAGAGAAACUUCCAUAGUGAUUUCCAUAGUGGCUACACACGUUUACACUGCUACCGUUAGCUGUGAAUUCAGGUUUCCCCUUUCCACAGACUGAAGGCCAUUGUCAUCUGUCAUCUCUUGAUGAUGACUGUUAUGACUGGGGUGAGAUGGUCUCUUCAAAGUAUUUUAAUUUGCAUUUCCAUGAUUGCUAGGGAUGUUAAACAUUUCACAAAUAUUAUUUAUGGUCUAGAGAGAUGGCUCAGAAGUUAGGAGCACUGUCUACUCUUCCAGAGGACCCAGGUUCAAUUCCAGCAACCACAUGGUGGUUCAUAACCAUCUAUAACUCCAGUUCCAGGGCGUCUACCCUUUCUGUGGGCACCAGAUAUGCAUGUAGUGCAUAGACAAAACACACACAUAUAUUUAUAUUUAAUAAACACAUAAAUAUAUAUAUUUAAUAAAAGUAAAUAAAUCUUAAAAUAAGAAAUAUUUAUUGUCCAUUUGUGUUUCUUCUUUUGAGAAUUCUGUUCAGUUCCUUAGCCCCAUUGUUUGAUCGGGUUGUGAUCUUUGUUAGUGUUUGAGGCUUUUAUUAAUUCUAGAUAUUACUCCUCUGCCAGAUAUAUAGAUGGCCAAGAUUCUCUCUCACGCUUUAGGUUACCUCUUCACACAGCUAACUGUCCCUUUGCUGCCCAGUAGCACUUUACUUUCUGCAGGUCUGUCACCAUUGUCUUUAUUUCUCUAGUAACCAGAGUCCUGUUAGAGUUCUCACAUGCCCAUUUCCAGAAUGGUUCCUGCUAGCAGUGUCAGUGUCAGGUUGUGUUAACGUCUUUGAACCUGUUAGAGUUGAUUUUGUACAGAUUGAGAGAUGAGGAUCUAGUUUUAUUUUUCUGUGUGUAGAUACCCAGUUUUCUCAGUAACUUUUGCUAAUGAAGAGGUCUUUUCCAGUGAGUAUUUGAGGCAACUUUGUCAAAAUCAGGUGUCUGUAGCGGCGAAGAUCUCCAUUCUGUCCCUUGCAGUUCGUGCCUGCUUUUGUGUUUUACCAUGCUGUCUUUGUUACCGUCAAUAUCACAUAUCUUCAAGUUCAUUUUGGUGAUACUUUCAGUCUUGUUUUUAACCUCACAAUUGCUCAGGUUAACUAAGAUCUUUUGUAUUGUCAAAUCAAUUUUAAAAUUGUUUUUUUUUUCUGUUUCUGUGAUGAAUGGUGUUGGGGUUCUCAUAAGGAUGAGUUGAAUCCGUAGGUUUCUGUUGAUAGUCAGUAUUACAAUAUCUAUUCUUUGAGAAUGUGAGGAUGGGAAGUAUUCUAUCUUCCUUGCCUUUUUAAAUUUCAUAUUUUAUUUUUAAAAAGAAUUUAAAUUUUACUUACAUGGGUGUUCAGCCUCUAUGUAUGUCUGUGGGAGAGUGUCAUAUCCCCUGGAACUGGAGUUAUAGACAGUUGUGAACUGCCAAGUGGGUACUGAGAUUUGAACCUGGGUCCUUUGGAAGAACAGCUAGUGCUCUUAACCAUUGAGCCAUUUCUCUAGUCCUAAAUUUCAUAUUUUAAAGUUUUCAUUAGAGAAGUCUUUCACUUUCAUUGGUAGGCUCGCUCAUUCAUUCAUUCAUUCAUUCAUUCAUUCAUUCAUUCAGAAGCAGGGUUUCUCUAUAUAGCUUCGGCUGGCCUGGAAUUUGCUCUGUUCAAGACCAGGCUGGUCUCAGACUCAGAGAUCUGCCCGCCUCUGUCACAUGCUGGGGUUAAAGGUAUUCACCACCACUAGCUGGCAUAUUUCUUCUAAUUUUUAUUUUGGUAAUUGUGAAUGUAUUGUUUCCCUGAUUUCUUUUCUUUUUUAUUAAAUUUAUUAUCUAAUGUAAUAAAUUAAUGUUAUUUAUUUAAUCUGAGUGAAUUUGUGCAGUUCAAAGUAUGAUUUUUUACUUCUAUUCUGUGGGUGCUAGGGAUUAAACUUAGGUCAUUAUGCUUGUCAGCAAGCCUCUCUCUCAUGAACCAUCUUGCUGGUCCCUUCUCUUUAGCAUGUUCUUUAUUGAUUAGCCAUAUAGAAAGGCUAUUGAGGUUUUUUGUAUUUUUUUGUGUGUAUUUGUGUUAAUUUUGUAACCUGAUACUUGGAUAAAUGUAUUUAUCAGUUCUAAGAGUUUUCAAGUAGAGUCUUUUUUAUUUUGUUUUGUUUUUUGGACAGUUCUCAUUGUAUAGCUCUUGCUGGCCUGGAAUUUUAUAUGUGGGAUCAGGCUGUUGUUGAACCCACAGAGAUCUCUCAAUCACUGCUUCCAGAUUCUGGAAUUAAAGGCAUAUGCCACCACACCCAGCCUCUGGUGCAGUCUUUAUGAUGGAUAGAAUCGUACAAACUACACUAAGGGCACUGACUUCUCCCUCCCCUAAUUGUACCUCUUUAUUUGCUUCUCCUCUAUUUAUGUAGCUAAAUCUCUAGUAAUGUAUUAAAUAAAAUCAUCGCAACUAGAACCUUUGUUUUUAGUUAGUAGAAAUGCUUUGGGUUUUCCUUGAUUUAGUAUAAUGUUAGCAAUAGGUUUGUCCCAUAUAGCUUUUAUUAAAUUGAGAUAUAUUCCUUUUAUCCCAAGUUUCUUUAGAUCUUGUUAAACAAAAUAAAAGUUUUUAACAUUGUGUGUGUGUGUGUGUGUGUGUGUGUGUGUGUGUGUGUGUGUGACACAACUUGCAUGAACCAAGCCUCUGUAUUAUACGGAUUCUCAGAUUACACUUGGAUCACUACACUUGGUAGCAAGCUCUUGGGAGGCCAUUUCACUGGCCCUCUUGGGUGCUUUUAUCAUAAAGAGAUGCUGUUUUUUUGUCAAUCACAAUUUUUGCGUCCAUUAAGAUGAUCAUGUGAUUUCUGUCUUUGAGCCCUUUUAUGUGAUGUAUUAUAUUCAUUGAUUUGUGUGUGGGAUUUUAUGAGUCCUGAGCUUCACAAGUCUUGUGUGUGCUAUCAUAACUACUGUGAGUUUCUAUAUCAUAUGUCCUGGGUCUGGGGAAUGCUUUUUUCUUGCAGUCAUCCAUUGCCUCUGGCUUUUACAGUCUCUCCUUGUCUUCUUUCCCAUGAUCCUGAGCCUUCAGAGUUCCCUGCACAUCCGUGUUCAUUGCUGCUCUAUUCACAGGAUUCAUGCAGUGGAAACACCUAGCUGUUCAACUGAUGCAUGACUAUGGGAAUGUGGUAUACCUACUCAACGGAAUAUUAUUCAGCUAUUAGGAAAAAUGAAAUUUGUGGGUAGUUACGUGGAGCUUGAAACAGUCACCCUGAGUGAAACCCCCAGGCCCAGAAGGCCAACGCCAUGCUUUCCUUCAUAUCUGGAUGCUGUGACUCUUCACAUGUGCAUCUGGAAACACACAGAGGUCAGGAAGGGAGGGGGGAGGGGCCAUGGAGAGAGGCUCUUAGGAGCAGGAGACAGAAGGCAGUGGUGUACAGGGCUGAGGGAGAUUAAUGAUGGGGAUGGAGAGGGUUUACGAGCCCUGGCUGCUCUUACAGAGGACCUGGGUUCAGUUCCCAGCACCUACAUGGUGACUCACAACUGUAACUGUAGUUAAUGAAAUGCAGUAUUAUUUUCUGGCUUCUGAGGGCACUGAACACACAUAGCGAACAGACAAACACACACACACACACACACACACACACACACACACACACACUCACACACACACACACAUAUAAAACAAAACCCCCAAAAAGUGUACAGGAGACGAACGGAGCAUAGUUGGAUCAGAGCUAGGGAUGGGAGGGCAGGGUGAAGGAGGGAAUGCACAGGAGAAUAACUACACCAAAAGCCUGUGUGUCCUUAAAAGCUAUAUGGAAAGCUACUUCUCUAGAUGCUUCCUAGAAUAUGUAUGUACAUAUAGGAAAAGUCAAAUGGAGUUACAGUGUAACAGGGUGAUCCUGCUAGACAGCACACACAGUAACAAAUAAACCAGUACCUAAAUGGGUUACCCUUUUUGGAGUUGUUGGCCUGUGAUGUUCCCACAAACCCUGGUAGGUCCUCCAACAUCACUGGCUGUAGCUGUUGCUGUUGGUUGCUCUCCAGAACUCGACAGUAAGGCCCUAUUGCUGCAGAAUCACACACCUGAGCCAUAGAACAUGGAGACAUCACUCUGGUGCUUGCCUGGAAGCUUCAUCCCCACUACCAGCUUUCCAGAACUAUGGUUCUGGAAGGUACUCUACGUGUUACCAGAGGAGAACAAUGCUACCCAGCUAUGAACCCUGUCAGCCAUGUUAAGAAUUGGCCUGGCCUGGAACUUGUGAUCCUCCUCUCCUCAGCAAAUCCUACCAGCAUGAACUGAUUUGUAGAGAGAGCUCCAGGACAGCCAGGAUCCUGUCUCGUAAACAAAAAACCAAACCAAACAAAAAACCUGGCAAGACGAAGACAUGCCUAUUGGUAUAAUAGUGGCUGCAGACAUCACGAGAGUAACCGUAACUUUUUGAUUGGAUUUAAGUCUCACUGCACAAGCUGAAACCCAUACUGUGUCUCAAGAGCUACUGCUUUUAUGGCCACAGUAGUAAACUGAUACCUAAUGACUUGUUAUACUCAUAGACUAAGACACUCAUUGACCCUCAUCAUAGAGAUGCCUAUCUGUGAUAGAGUGAUUAGCAUAGGGACACACAGCUGGUCUAGGUGUAGAGGAAAGGGCUUUGAGACUAUCAGCCUUAAAUAGUGUCUGGGUUGAUGCUAGUUAUGACACAGUGUAGCGGUUAUUGAUUGGUUGAUUGAUUGAUUUUAAUUUUUCUCCUUGACUCCUUAUGACUUAUGUUGCAUGUCUUGCCUUGUAAUUUUGUUUUUUAGUUAUGGGGGAGGACAGGCAUCUGCAGUGGGAUCUUCUGGAGCUGGAGUUACACGUGGUUGUUAAUCUCUUGAUGUGGGUGCUGGAAAUCGAACUUGAGUCCUUUGGAAGAGCAAGACAUGGCGUUCACUGCUGAGCCAUUUCUUCAGUGCCUUCAUGGUACAGUUUACACUACAGGAAUAGACUGUUGGGUUUCGUUUCAUCCUGGUUCUUUGAGGAGACAACCUUGGACUAGAUUAGUGUUAUAGAUAGCGAAACUGAUGUGUCUUCUAAGCUAGAAAGAGCACAUUUGCUCAAUACUUUUCUAAAUAUACUUCUGCCAGUAUAAUUAAAAUUCCCCAGGGUUGGAACUAUAGUUUGGAUUCUGAGGAGUGUUGUUUACAUAAGUACAUAUAAAGAAUUAUACUUUUCGGUUUGCGUUUGUAGAAGAUGUGGAAAGAAAACAAGUUUAUUUUCUAACAGCACAAUGUGGUUUUCUGUGAUGUUAAAUGUCAGUUCAAAAACAAGCUGCUUUAAAAAACAUUUUAAGUUCAACACUUCCCUCUAGUGGACAGAAGACAGAACUCCCCUAGUUUCUAGUGUCUGAAUUUCAUCCAGUAGGUCAGUCUUAUUUUUUCUAUUGCAAGAACUGAGGCUGCUUUUUGUUUGGUUAGAAGAUGAAUUCUAUGACAAAAUUAAAGUUGAAUAUAUUCUAGAGGUGGCAAAUUAGUCUGUAUCUUACAACACAUCCCAUACUUGGAUUAUGUUAGUAAAGCCAUACUUGGAUGGUUAACUAAUACCUCAGAUACUCAGCCAGUACCAGUGAUAGAACUCAUCUCAGUGUGUGGGAUUCUCAGUUCGGAUUAAAAGCACAGUACAUUUUUAUACCUUUGAAGACUGUUUUGAAGUUCAUCACUGUCUCAUCCCACCACAGAGCCCCCGUUCUGAACCUGACAUUGAAUAUUAUCUAUACACCUCACAUAUUUUUUUUUCUCUUUUUUCUUUUUUUCGGAGCUGGGGACCGAACCCAGGGCCUUGCGUUUGCUAGGCAAGCGCUCUACCACUGAGCUAAAUCCCCAACCCCACACCUCACAUAUUUUUACUGUUCUGUUUUUAGCAUUUUACUUCUUUACAUGUGUAAGGAGAACAUCACACAACAUGCAUAUUUGUUGAGCUUGCCCUUUGGUGUUCAUGUUUGAGAUUUAGACAAGUUACUAUAAUGGCUCUGAUUCACUCGGUUUGACAUUGUAUAACUUUAUUCUGUGUAUAUACUAUAGUUCAGUUAAUCUUCUUUGCCUUAGUGAGAAUUAAGGUCUUUUUCUCCAAGUUUAAGUCAUCAUGGGGAUUCCAUGUAUAAAACGUUGUAGGCAUGUGUUUAGAACAUAUAAAAUUGUUAACACUUUUGUAGCUGUUUCCUCUGAAUGAGGUGUGGGGCUCAAGGCUCAGGAAAUGACAGGGCUCUUAAGAACCCUCCCACAGUCUUAGAGACAGUAAGCAGUUGCCGAGGAAGAGCUGUCCUCGGAGGAGCUGCUCUUGUGAGCUGUUCCAUGCCUGAAAGUCCUCAUAGCUCUUCUGAGUAGCCCUGGAACUUGGUUCAUCAAGCGAGGUGUGCGUGGAAUUUUUUUUUUUUUUGGUCUGUUCAAUGCCCUGUCAGCAUACUCCCAUUUCCCAGGAAUAGACACGCAGCAGACGUGGGAAGUGGUUAUUGGUUCAGUGAAAUACCUGCUAAAAUAGCGGUGAUGUAGCCUGCUGUGGUGCUCUAUGGCUGUAAUCCCAGCAGGGCCUCCUCACCAUGGCAGGGUCAGGAGCCCAAGGCCCUGUUUGAAAAACCAAACCAAACGAAAUAACAUUAAUGACAAUCUUCACAGAACAACAACAACCCUUAAAGUUUUGAUGGGACCACUAUAAAACCCUUUAUAGUCAAAGCAAGCUAAAGAAUAAAAGCAAAUCAGGAAGGAAUAUUAUGCUAUUGACUUUCAAAUAAACUAUUAAGUUGUACUGGUCACGUAAGUGUGGAGCUGCAUGAAACAGAGAAACCAAGGAAAGAGUCUACACCCAGCUGAUUUGGACAAAGGUGCUAAGAACACAUUUGGAAAAAAGGACAGUCUUUUCAAUAGGUGGUAAAUUGGAGGAAGGAGGAAUUCUCCUACAGAGGAAUGAGACUAGAUCAUCAUAGUACCAGUUAUAGCUCAAAAUGGAAUAAAGACUUUAAGAGUCAGACCUAAAGCUCUCAAGCUACUAGAUCGGGGAAAUGCUAAGGGAUGGUAAAACAAGCAAAGAUUUAAAAAGAAAAUCAUUCCCUAAAAGCACAGAAAAACAAAGAUAAUCAAGUGGUAUUGCAUCAUAAUAAAACGUAGUACAGUCGUAGAAAUGCCUUCUGACAUUUGUUUAGUAAUUUCUGGGAAACAUAUUUCUCUAAUACUUAGAAAAGUCAUCUUAAUGUGAUGACAUUAAUAUUUUUCCUGUAGAUAGCUCGAUCAUUCAUUCAUUCAUUCAUUCAUUCAUUCAUUUGUUUUGUUUGUUUGUUUGUUUUGAGUCAGGGUUUCUCUGUGCAUAUUGACUGUCCUGAAACUCAUUCUAUAGACAAGGCUGGCCUCAAACUUACAGAGAUCCACCUGCCUCUGCCUCCCAAGUGCUGGGAUUAAAUUCAUGUACUACCCCCUACCCCUGGCUGCAGAGAACACUUGAAGAACAGUGAGAGGGGAUUCAUUGGAGCUGGGCUAUUUGGGACAAAGUGUCUAUAUCUAAUUUUUUUGAGGCAGGAUUUAUCAGUGUUGGCCUGGCUCCCUCUGUAGACCAGGCUGUCCUGGAACUCAGAGAUCCAUCUGCCUCUGCCUCCUGAAUGCUGGGAUUAAAGGCCUGCACCCCCACCACCUGACUUUAAGUUUAUUUUUAUUUUAGGUGGGUGAGUGUUCUGCCUGCCUGCAUGACAUUAAUGCUUAGUGCCUGGUGCCCUCAGGGACCAGAAAAGGACAUUGGGUCCCCUGUAACAGUUAGUUAUGAACUGCUGUGUGGGUGCUGGGGACCAAACCCAAGUCCGUUGUGUGAACAGUCAGUUCUUUUUUUUUUUUUUUUUUUUGAUCUGAGGACCGAACCCAGAGUCUUGCGCUUUCUAGGCAAGCGUUCUACCACUGAGCUAAAUCCCCAACCCCCAGCCAGUAUUCUUAACCACUGAGUCAGCUUUCCAAAUGUCUGUUCUUGAAAGCUACAGAGUUCUUACAAUAAAUCUGUCUUUAGUGCCAACUUUCUUAGUUUUUAAAGUUGUAAAAUAUAUUGUUUGUAGUGGUAAUUAAAAAAAAUCUCUAAUGUUAGGUGAAGGUAAGAAAGACAGCUGUGGUGGUUUGAAUGGCAGCAUCCCCCAUAAUCUCAGAGUUUGAACACUUAGUCCCCAGGUGGUGGUAUGUUCGGGUAGGUUGAGGAGUAUGGCCUCGGUGGAGGAAGUUUGCCCCUGGAGCUGUGCUUUGACAUUUCCAAAGCCGUGUGCCAUUCCCAGCAUGCUCUCUUGCCUUGUGCUCCCCGCCUAGGGUGUGAGCUGUUCAUUUGCCUUACCUAACUAUUGCCAUGCGUUCCUGCCAUGAUGGUGAUAUACUCUGACCCUUUGGAACUGUAAGCCCAGAUAAGCCCUUCCUUCCCUAUGUUGCCUUGGUUACGAUGAUGUUUUAGCACAGCAGUAGAAAAGUAGCUAAUGCAAAGAGCAUUCCGAUGCCAAGGAGGUGUGAUUCCACCCAGAUAGAGAAAAAAAUGAUGGGGUUGACACAAGCAUUUUAGACAUUCAAACAAUUCGAUGGACUACUUUGAUGUCGCCCAAAGGUUUGCUCUCCAUAUGAAAUAUUUGUUAAUCAUUAGUCAUCUUUGUCUCUAAAAAAGUGAAGUAUCAUCAUAUUAAAUAUGGGUUUGGAGUCAGUACCUUUUAACUGAUAAAUUUAUAGCCAAUAUAAACAUUAUACUCUUUUACUGUGCAUUUUAAAAUUAUUAUUAUUCCCAUUGUGUGCGGAGGCAUGCAUGUUUAGACUAGAGCAUAUCUUUGUGGUAUGAGUGCUCUCCUUCCAGCUUUAUGUGGGUUCUGGUGAGGUGUGGGCUUGUGUGACCAGUGCCCUUUACCCAGGGAGUCAUCUUAUUGGACUUUUUUGUGGUUUUACGUUAGCAUACUCAAUAAUUUUGAUGUGGAAUUUUCAUGUAUAGUUUGUUUUUUGUUAGCCUCUUUUUCCCUUGUAUGUCUGUCUCUUGUACUCUGCCACCCCCAGUAGUCCCCUUUCCACUACCAGUAGUGUAUUCUGAGCACAAAGGUCUCACAUAGGCAGCUGACCUCAUCAAGAAUGGAGGAAGAGUUUAAGAAUGGAGCUAGAGUAUUUGGAGACAGUUGCGCCUAAUUCGUAAAGAUCACUUGAUAUAUCUACGUCUAUCUGUUUAUCUACAUAUCUAUUCCAUAUAGGUAUGAUCUUACACAAUUUAUACACUAUACAUUAUAGAAUCACUUGUGUUAUAUCAACUGUAUGGGAAAAGUAGACUAACGAUAAACUAAAACUAGCAAGAACUGUCUGAAGUACAUUUCUCAAGUUAAAACAUUGAAAAAGAAAAUGUUUAUACAGAAAAGUAAGCUAUAGUAAAACUAGCAAAUACAUUGAAAACUGAUCAUGGUCAGAUUCACACAUAAUGAGUAUCAUGUUUACUAUGCAUUUGCAGAAGUAGUCCAGUUCAUAAAUUCUGAUUCAACUUGGUAAAAACAACCUCCAAGGGAAGUGUUAGUGAGGCAAACAUGAAGCUCUGGGGAGUAGGCCACACGGAGAUGAUACUGUUGCCAUGGAGAUGAUACUGUUGCAAAGUGAAAAGAGUAUUUGGGAAGAGAAACUCAAGUCCUACACUUGAUAGAAGCCAAGUGCAUAUUUAAGGUAGCUGGAGCUUACCUAGGCUCGUUGCCUUGGUACAGAGGGCAGGCAGUGUCUGACUAUAGUUCUCAGUAUGUCUGCAGUGUGUUUGUAAUGUUAGAUACACACAAAGUUCUUCCUUUUCCAUUCUCCUGGGAAUUUCUCCUAUGUUGGAUUUCCUUUUAAUUUUUUUCUGUCUUUUUUUCUUUUUCUCUGACUUUGGUGGAGUAUAUCCUCUGGUUUCAAAGUAAGUUGUAAAGUAAAUUCUUUCUAUCCAUGAACAAUUACUAAGCCUUUAUCAGGUCUCAUGCUUAAUUGAAGUUUUUGCUGGUUAUGUCUUAUGGUUUGUCUCCCUAGUCUAAGUAAAGUUUCUAUUGCUGUGAUAAAACACUGUGACCAAAGUAACUUCUCUAUGGAGACAUUUAUUGUGAGCCUAGGAUCUAGAGGGAUGAGAGUCUAUGAACAUCAUGGCUCAGAAGAAGGCAGCAGGAACAGAUGAGAGCUCAUGUCUUGAACUACAUCAGGAAACAAAGAACACACUGGAAACAGCACAUGGUAUGCUGUAAUGAGAGAAUGGCCCUCAUAGGCUUGUCUGUUUGAAUACUUGGUCUCAGUUGGAACUGUUUGAGAAGGAUUUGGAAGUGUGGCCGCGUGGGACACUGUGUGCCACUGAGGCUGUUUUGAGAUUUCAAAAGACUUGCACUAUUUCCAGUGCCUUCUCUACUACCUACCCGAGGGUCUAGGUGUGAGCGCUCAACUGUUCCCGCCACCAUGCCUUUGCUCUGUCAUCAUGGACUCUAACCCUCUGAAACUGUAAGCCCCGUUAAAUGCCUUUGUUUAUAAGUUGCCCUGGUCAUGGUGUUUUGUCACGGCAGCAGGAGAGUAAUACACAUAACUUUUGAAACCUCAAAGUUCACCCCGAGUGCAUACUUCCUCCACCAAGGCCACACCUCCUACACUUACUCAAACAGUGUCAUCAGGUGGGGACCAAGUGUUCAGAUGCUUGAGAAUAUGGGGAACAUCUUUUUCAACUACCACAUUCUGUUCCCUGGCCAUAUCAUAAUGAAAAAAUAUGUUUAGUCCAACCAUGAGUCUUUUACAGUCUCAACAGUUCUAAAGUCCAAAUUCCAGCCUCUUCUGAGACUCCAGGUAGUAUAAUUCUCUGUGAAAUAAAAACGAAGGCUACAUGCUUCCCAGACACAGUGGUACAGAAUAUAUGUGACUACUCUGAAAAGGAGGGAUGAGUACAAAAGAAAGGCGAAGCUCUAGUUCCUUAGGUCCGUGUCUGAGGGCUUAGAUGGCUCUGCCUGUCCACCUCUGCUGCCUGUAGCCUAGUUUUUUCUCUUUGGCUGGUCCUCCUCUCUGCAUGCAGCUGUUCUUCAGAUAUCUUCUGGUCUGUGCCUCUUAUAUGUUGAUGUCUUCGGCGAAAUUCAUGUGCACAGCUUACACAAUGGCUUUUCAGGGCUUCCUGCCUGCUUUGGGACCACAUGGCACAUUUUACCAGACCUCAGUGGCUUUGGAGGAGAUCCCAGGUACCCUUAACUCCAAGUCCUCCAUGGCUCUGAAGCCAGCACCCUGGUCACACUGUCAGGUUCAGCCAUUAGCUUGGGAUUGAGUGCCCCACUGAAUCAGUUUUGUGGUUGCUUUUCUUGUUUCUAGUAUCAGAAAAUUAUUUUGGUGUUUUUCUUUCAUAAGUUGGAAACUUGCCUGGGUGGCAUCUUUCCCCAUGGACAUGCUUCUGUUUAUUCCAAUGUAAUUCUAGUCCUCACAACCCCACAAUGGCACCAAUCUCUUUAAUAAUCGAAUCCUUUCUUUUAGCAAAAGGCUUAGCUAUAACAUUAGCUUGCUAGUGUUCUUUUCCUCUCCAAACUACAUUUUUAUUUCCUUCUGCCUUUCUCAUUGUAAAUCUGCAAAGAGUGAUUACUCAUAACCAUGGGCAGAGUCAAUAGGAUGUCCUGAAAUUUCCAGCAAAAAAAAAAAAUCUUUCUAUUAAUUUGAAACUGAAACAACAGGUAAGUUCUCAGAGCAAAGGCAGGCAGUGGUUAUCCCCUCUCUAUCCCGCCCCUGACCAAACAAAAAUCACAGGGAUGGUCUAUAGCCAGUUACUAGUGCUGCUCCCCUUUGAAACUGUCUGCGCUCAGCUCAUAGUACACAUUGCUCAGCACUGUUUCAGCCCCCUACAAGGCUUUACAGGAUUAAAGCCUGUCCUACAGCAUUCAACUCCUUUUUCGUCCAGAGUCCCAAGAUCUUCCACGUUCUUCCCAAAACCCCCACAUAGUCAGGUUCUUUACAGCAGUACUGCACUCCUGGGACUAACCACUGUCUUAACUUGGCUUCUUUUGUUGUGACAAGACACCAUGUCCAAGGCAACUAACUUACAGCAGGAAUUGCUGGGAUUCCAGUGAGAUAGAAGAAUAUUGUCAUGACUGAGAAGUGUGGCAGCCUGCAGACAGGGUGGCGGGAACAGCUGAGGGCUGUCGUGAAUGGGAAGCAGAAAACAGCACACAGGAGACAUCCCUUGGCUUUUGAAACCUUGGUGACAUACUUUGUCCAGUGAGGCCACACUUCCUAACCUACCCAAACAGCCCUCCCAACUGGAGAGCAGGUAGUCAAGCACCUGAGCCUAUGAGAGACAUUCUUAUGGAAACGUAUGUUUAAACUGAAUGCCACAUGUUUAUGGUACAACACGUGUGCAGAGUCAGAUGAUAAUGUCAGGAGUCAAUUCUUCCCUUCCACCUUGAUUAGGAUCCCUCUUGUGUCUGCUGUGCUGUGUUCUCCAGCCCACCUGGCUCAGGCUAAUGAUUCUCCUGUCUCUGCCUCUCUUCUCACCUUAGGAAUGGGGAUUACAGAUAUCACCACAUCCCGGUCUUUUCUUUUUAAACCUGGGUUCUGGGAAUGGCAUCCAGGUCAUCAAGUGUGCCGCAUAUCCUGUUUACAUCCCAGCUCCUUUGUGUUCUACCCUGACUGAUGAUUUAAGUAAAGCACCUAAUUGAGUUUUCCUGCAUCUAAUAUCUAGCUUAAAUCAUACUUUCUGUUACUACCAUCAGAUUUCUUUUCUCCAAAUGGUAGUGAGGAGUUAAAGAGAAGACCUUGGGCACUAAACAGAUAAAGACAGAACAAAGAAAACAAACAUGAUUGGGAAAUCCAUUUACAACCUAUAAUGUAGAUGCACACAUACAGACAUACAGACACACACACACACAUACAAACACAGAGACACAGACACACACAGACAUACAUAGACACAUACACAGACACAGACACACAGACACAGACACAUACAGACACACACAGACAAACACACAUAGAGUACACACAGACACAUAUAGACACACAGAUACACAGACAUACAUACAGAUACACACAGACACAUAUACAGACACAUAGACACACAGACAUACACACAGAUACAUAGUCACACAUAGACACAUACAAAGACAAACAGACACACAUACACACACAGAUACACACAGACACAUACACACAGACACACAGACAUACACACAGAUACACAGACACACAGACAUACACACAGAUACACAGACACACAGACAUACACACAGAUACAUAGUCACACAUAGACACAUACAAAGACACACGGACACACAGAUAUACACACAGAUACACACAGACACAUACACACAGACACACAGACAUACACACAGAUACAUAGUCACACAUAGACACAAUCAAAGACACACGGACACACAGACACACACAGAUACAUGCAUAGACACACAUAGACAUAUACACAGAUACACACUCAGACACACACAGACACACACUUAGACACACACACAGGCACACACAAACACAGACACACAUAUACACAGACAGACACACAGACACAUGCACAUAGACACAAACACACAGACACAGAAACAGACACAAACAGAGACAGACACACACAGACACAGAGACAGACACACACAGACACACACACAUACACAAACACACUUAAACAAACAAACAAACAGACAAGAAAAAAAACCCUAGGUCAUAUGACCCCUCUGAAGCUCAUAACACAAUAACAGAAAAAGCAAAGCAAAACAAAACAAAACUACAUAAUGAAAUUGUUGAGGUACUAAAGAAAGAAUUCAAAAUCCUGCUUGAAAAAAAAACCAAAGCCAGCUGUGGGCAGGGCAUGGUGGGGCAUGCCUUUAAUCCCAGGUAUCCUAGAGGAUCUGGAGUCUAGAGGCAGGUGGAUUUCUGAGUUCAAAGUCAGAGUGAAUUCCAGGACUGCUAGAGAGCUACACAGGGAAACAUUAUCUUGAAAAACCACAAACAAAACAAAA